AAUCAAGGAUAUCAAUGUGCCGGAAGCAUUUUAGAAGGUUUUUGAACCUUCUCCCUGAUGGCAGUAAUGAGAAGAGGCCAUCUGAGUUGAGAUCUUUAAUGAUAAAUGCCACCCUCUUCAGGCACUACAUCUUGAAGAUAUCCUCAAUGGUAGGAAGGGGCAUGCUUGUAAUGGAGCUGGCUCAGUCUGUAAUCCUCUGUAGCCUCUUGCAAUCCUGUGCAUUGGAGGACAACUGCAACCAGUCGGAAUGCUCCCCGCUCUAAUCGGUAGAAAUUUGCAGUAGUCUUUGGUGACACUCCAAAUCUCCUCAAACUCCUAAUGAAGUAGAGCUGCUAGCCUGCCUUCUUUGUCAUUGCAUCAAUGUGUUGGGCUAAGGAUAAAUUCUGGGAUGUUGACGCUCACGAGCAACUUCAAGUUCCUACUUUCCCUCAAUGGGGAACAGUAGGCAUUCUCCCAGCUUCCUCUUCCUGAAGUCCACAAUCAAUUCUUCGGUCUUGCUGAUGUUCAGUGUAUGGUUGCUGAUGUGAAACUACUUAUCCAGUCAAUCUACCUGGCUCCAGUAUGCAUCCUCCUCGCCAUCCAAGAUUCUAUCAACAGCAGUGGUAUCAUUAGCAAAUUGAUAGGCGUUAGAGCUGUGCUUCCCCAUAAGGUCGUAAGUGUGAAGAGAAUAUAGCAGGGGGUUAAAGGGGUGAAGAGAGGUGUGCCUGUGUUGUUAGUCCACAAGGAGGUGAUGUUAUUACCUAUCUGCACUGAUUGUAAUCUCCCAAUAAGUAAGUCAAGAAUGCAGAAGGAGGUGCAGGGUGUCAGGCCUGCACUUGCAGGCAGCUCCCAGUCUCCACUCAGCUAAUAGGAUUCAUCCCCACUGCUUGUCCCAGACUCAUCACUGGCAGCCUAUUUAACCCCAGUUCUCAUCCACAGUCCUUGUCCGCUCAGCAGACCAGCUUGACUGAGCCAGUUGCUUCCAGCUCUCACUCUCCCUGCCUAAAGUUUACCUGAUGACUGUUGUGUUCAGAAUCCGUUUCUCUUGUUUUGUGGCCCCUCGUGACUCUGUCUAUUAUUAAAGAAUUGUUCACUGCCGAACUGUCUCUGCUGCCCUGCUUUUGGGUCACGCCUCCUCCACAUUAGCUGACACAGAGACCCAGUAUUUGAAAUUUGGUUGUUACUAGUAUAAAGAGGGUUUCUUCUUUUUGUUAACAAGCAGGAAUGCUAAUUUACUGAUAACGAGAAUGGUAUUCCUUUGUAAACCAAAUGGGGAUUAAUGUUCUUUCUUCUGAGUCUGUAAGCUUUUGUUGACGGGCUUUUGGGCAGAUCGGCGCGAAGGGGUCGAGAGAGAGGACGCAAUGCUCUAAGCUGGGCGAGGAUCGGACCCCAAAGGGGGGUCCGAGGCCGGGAGAUUCUCCGGGGGGGGGGGGAUGAAGCUAGAUGUGCUUGGUUGACCACUCGGAGGGUCCUGAGCUGUUUGGAGAGUCGAGGAGUUCGGAGGGUCCUGAGCUGCGAGUCAAGGAGUUCGGAGGGAAUCGAAUGGUGGCCAGAAGACUUCAGAAAUUGAGCUCCAACGGCUGUGCACGAAGUGGUUUGGACUUUGAUAAGUUUGGCGCCUUUUCUUUAUUUUUUUUCUCGUCAUAUAUACUGUAUCGUUAUUAAUCACUUAGUUAUAGUAACCUUUAUAAAUUGUACUCAUUUAAUCGCAUAUGGUGUACUGUCUGUUUUUGGGCGAGGCGGGGACAUCACACAGCAUCCACACCAGCUGAUUACCCAGUUUGGCGGGGCCGAAGGCUGCUCCCCCUAGCCAAGAACGAGCUGAGCGAGCCUGAGGUGACCCAGGGGGUUACAUUGUGGGGUGCUCGUCCGGGAUUGAUUUCUGUGGAAGCUGUGUGAUCACCCUAUUUAAAUUGUGUCUGCGGCGAAGAGUUGGUGUGCAUUUGUGGGUGUGCGAUUGCUGGUUAUCGCUGUGUGUGUGUUGGGUGGGGUGGUUGCUGUUGGUAGCAAUUGCCGUUGUUCGAGUUCCGACUAGUGCUGACGAAAUGGCGGUGGGACCAUGGGCUGUCCGUACUGUUUGGAGAUUGAGGAGUGACAGGUUGGGAUGUUUCAGCAGUGGUGAGCUCCGCCCGGUUGUUGGAAUAAUGUCCAGCCCUAAAGAGGCGGAGGCGUGGGCGGAGCGGACCCCUCAGUUGUUGGGUGAGUGGCAGUGCUUAGCUGAGGGAAAGCGACAGGGACGGGUUGAAAGUUUGAGUAGGCGGGCUGCUGACUUUGUUAGAACUGUCAGGCGCAAUUACCUCGAAGUGACCGCUGCCAGUUCUGGGAAAGUGUGGGAAAAUGCGUGUGGUUCGACUGGAAGUCAAAUGCCGCAGCUGGGGGGCUUAUCAUACCCGUGGCAGGAGAUUGGUGGGAAGUUUUUAGGGUUUCCCUUUUUGCCUAGGGGGGCAGAUAAAUUGCUUGUGGUGCCAAGGGGAUCUGUCAAGGGGAUCAGUUGUUCCGUUGAUUCGAGAGGUGUCGGGAAACUUAGAGGAGGCCCAGUGGGAGAACGGCUUGGGGUCUCUGGGGGAGCACGUUCCCAGCAAUGUACCAAGGAACUCCCGAAAGGAGCAGACUCUAUUCCUGAAGGCUUAGAGGGGCCAUGCGCACAGGUGUUGUUACGGAUGGAUGGAAGUCAAGUUAAAGCCAUCCUUGGCACCGGGGAGCCGAUGAAGUUGCUGUACAGUUUGUUUCAUAACCGUUAUUGGAAGCAUUUACCCUUGACGACAUUGAGGACACUGGAGAUUCAGGGUACCAGUGCCGGUGAUUAUCCAGACGACGGUUGUUGGUCAGUGAAAAUGGAGUUCUUAGAGGCAAAUAUGGAGGAGACUGAGGUUCAUGAAUCGUUAAUGCUGAUGUGUCCGGACCCUGUUGAGACGGGCAGCGUUUCUGUUCUAGAGAGAACCAAUAUCCUGCUGGUGUGCUUGGGGGCCUGCCCGGAGGAGGAGGGUGAGCGCUGUUUGGAGGCAUUGUCGAUGCACCCAGAGUUUCGAGCUGCUUGUGCGGACGUGUGUAGCAGCAUUGGGCUGAUACUGAAUUCAAACAAGAGCCAGUGGUGGUACGGCCUGGGGGAAGUAUCUGAGGAUGAGACCCUCUUAGUGGAUGCUGCAAAAUACCAUGAGAGAGGGGAGUUGACUGCUGAAGACACCUCGGAGAGAGAGAGGUUGCGGCGACUGGCCCCUGAAGCCAUGGAAGACGUAGGCAGCGUGUGUGUGGAUUGUAUUGCGUUGAAGAGGCGCACUGUCAGUGACCAGAAUAUGGCCCUGAGGGCUGGAGAGGCGAUGGCCUGUCUGAAUGGUGCGAUGUGGUUUAAGGUGCUGGAUCUGAGGAGUGGAUGUUGCCAGAUCCCGAUGAGUGGGGCCGACAAGGAGAAGACGGCCGUUAUAAAUUCCCUAGGAGUCUUCGGGUCCGAAAAGAUGCCACAGGGCAUAUCUGGAGCCCUUGCAACCUUCCUGCUGGGCAGGUGGAAGACCAUAGGGGAUGUGGAGGCGUUUGGAGUUUUGGUGUAUGUGGAUGAUCUCUUGGUGUUUGGAUUAGCCUCAGGAGAAUAUGAAGUGAGGUCGUUGCAGGAGCAGCUGAGAACUACCGAGUUAAAGUGUUUUCGGGACACGUGCCAGGGCUGGCGAAGGUCGCAGCUCGUGAGUGACUGUCUCUACGGAAUCAAGUUUGAAAUCAAGACGGAGAGACUGGAGAAAGUGAUCUGGAACCAUUCGGAAGACUUCCAAGUUGGAGAGAAUGAAGAAAGUUGUCUGACUGAGGGUAAUAGCAAACUGAGAACCCGGAGAGGGGAGUUUGCGGAGGUGAAGAAAUUACAGACGAAUCUCAGAAGAGAGAAGCGGAAGCUUAAAGGGAACCUGAAGAUGACCAUCGACAGUUCAAAUGAAGUGCAAAACCUGAAAGUUGAUCUGGAAGAAGUCAUGAGGAAGAAAAAGCUGGAGAGAAGUGCAGUGAAUACUGAAGAGACUGCGGGAGCAGUGCAGGCCACGUGUUUCCGUUUGGAGAAGAUCAAACAGCAGCUACCGAUCACAGGAAUGAGGAAGAAUACAGAUUCGAUGGAUGAUGUGCUGGAUGUGUGCUUUUGUUGACAGGCUUUUGGGCAGAUCGGCGCGAAGGGGUCGAGAGAGAGGACACAAUGCUCUAAGCUGGGCGAGGAUCGGACCCCAAAGGGGGGUCCGAGGCCGGGAGAUUCUCCGAGGGGGGGGGAUGAAGCUAGAUGUGCUUGGUUGACCACUCGGAGGGUCCUGAGCAGUUUGGAGAGUCGAGGAGUUCGGAGGGUCCUGAGCUGCGAGUCGAGGAGUUCGGUGGGAAUCGAAUGGUGGCCAGAAGACUUCAGAAAUUGAGCUCCAACGGUUGUGCAUGAAGUGGUUUGGACUUUGAUAAGUUUGGCGCCUUUUCUUUAUUUUUUUUCUCUUCAUAUAUACUGUAUCAUUAUUAAUCACUUAGUUAUAGUAACCUUUAUAAAUUGUACUCAUUUAAUCGCAUAUGGUGUACUGUCUGUUUUUGGGCGAGGCGGGGACAUCACACAGCAUCCACACCAGCUGAUUACCCAGUUUGGCGGGGCUGAAGGCUGCUCCCCCUAGCCAAGAACGAGCUGAGCAAGCCUGAGGCGACCCAGGGGGUUACACUACUGAGGGAAUGAAGCUGUAGAACACCGAGCUGUAGUUGAUGAGCAGUAGCCUGACACGUGCCUUGUGAUUGCCUGGGUGUUUCAAGCAGAGGGGAAGGCCAGUGAAGUUGCAGGUGCUGUAGACCUGUUGUGGUGCUAAGUGAAUAACAGCAUGUUCAGGCCCUUGCUCAGGCAGGAGUUAAUUUUACCAAUAACCAUCCUCUCAAAGCACUUUAUUAUGAUAGAUGUAAGCGUACUUGGUGGUAGACAUUGAGGCCGCUCACCCUGCUGACUAUCAGAAUGAUUGGAAAUCCAGCAUAUCUUUUCUUAGUUAAGGGGUUGAAAACUACUCAAAACACUCCAAGUGUGGUCUGAUCAAUGUCUUAUGAAGCCUCAGAUUCACAUCCUUGCUCUUGUAUUCUAGUCCUCUUGAAAAGAAUUCUAUCAUUGCAUUUGCCUCCCUUACCACUGACUCAACCUGCAAGUUAAUUUGCAUGAGAACUCCCAAGUCCCCUUGCACCUCUGAUUUUUGAAUUGUCUCCCUGUUUACAGAAUAGUCCUGACAGAAGCCCAGGGUUUGAACCUUGGUUAUUACUCUUUGCCUCAUGCCAGUCAGCCAAACUUCUGUCUUUCCUGUGAUACCAUGGGCUCUUAUCUUGCGAUGCAGCCUCAUCUUGCACUUUGUCAAAGGCCUUUAUGAAAAUCCAAAUAAACAACAUCCAUUGACUCUCUGUUCCUCAAAGAGCUUCAACAAAUUUGUCAGGAAGAUUUCCCUUGAGUAAACCAUGCUGACUUUGGCCUAUUUUAUAAUGUGCCUUCAAGUAACCCAAAACCACAUCCUUAACAAUCGAGUUAACAUCUUCCAAAAACACUGACGUCUGGCUAACUGGUCUAUAAUUUCCUUUCUUCUGCCUGCUUCCCUCCCUUUUUGAAAUGUACAGUGGCAUUUGCAAUUUUCCAGUCCUCCAGAAUCAUUCCGGAAUCUAGUGAUACUUGAAAGAUCAUUACUAAUGCUUCCACAAUAUCUUUGGCCACCUAUUUCUGAACCCUGGUGUUUAAUCCAUCUAGUCUGGGUGACUUAUCUAAGACUUUUCAGCUCACUGGCAACUUCUACUUAGUAACAACAAUUACAUCGAUUAAAGGUGAGAGGAAGGAGUUUUAAAGAGUACUUGAGGAGAACCAUCACAGAAUGGUUGAUAUCUGAAUACACUGGCAGAGGAGGUGGUGGAAUCACUAACAAUCAUUAUGUUGAGGAGACAUUUAUACGAGCAUUAACAUAGGCAAAGCUUACAUCAAAACAGAGCAAGGACCUGAACCUGCUGUAAUUCACUUACCACCACAAUGGGUGAACAAUUUCACUGGCUUUCCACUCUGCUUUGGAACACACCGGCAAUCACAAGGCACAGAUCAGGCUAGUGCUGACAAAUAGUAUCAUUGCAAUGGCCAAGGGCAUAGGCAUUGGUAGGUAGGUACAACUCUACGAAAGUCUGAUGGAAAGGGGAAAUGUAAAGCAGAGUCUGACACCUCAUUAAGUGAACUUUUGGGGUUAGAAGAUGCUGGAAGAAGAGAUGGUGAAAUAAAUUGUGGGAUGGUUUUCUUUCAAAACUUCUUUAAAUGGUGUGGAGAACAAAGGCUUGUGAACUAAUUGGGUUGCGUCUAAAUGUAGUAAAUGAAAGGUAGUGAGAAUGAAGUUUGGUACGCUGUGCAAGCUAAUGGAUGUCUGGGA